AAAAGCACUCUCAUCCAUUUUAUCUUAGCUCAUAUUCAUCUCUAUUCUUUGAAUUGUAGCCAAGUUCUGACGCCAAAAAUGGCUGAUGCACUCAUCUCCGUGCUUCUGGAGCAAUUGGCUUCAGUAGUAUAUAAACACACAAAUGCAGCGGUGAAACUGGUUUUGGAUGCUGAGAAAGACGUUAAAAGUUUCAGCAGCAAGCUCAAAGCUAUCCAGGCUGUGCUUGAGGAUGCAGAGAAGAAACAAGUGACGGAGGCUAGCGUGGAAGAUUGGUUGAAGAAGCUGAAAGAUGUGUCGUACGAGAUGGACAACGUGCUAGAUGAGUGGAACACUGAACUUCUCAGACAACAAGUGGAGGAGAAGCAAGAGGUGGAAGUAGAUAAUGCUCUUGUUACCAAGAAGAAGGUAUGUUUCCCCAUGCCCUCCGGUUGCUUUUGUUUUGGCAAAGUCAAUAAGGUCAUUCAUCGUCAUAACAUUGCUAAAAGGAUAAAGGAACUGAAUGAGAGGUUAACUUUAAUUGCUGCUGAGCGAGAAAUGUUCGGCUUUCAUCAAACCACAAUAGGUGGCCAUGAUGAGCAGCUUAUUCAACGACAGAAUACUUCAUCUUUGGUCGAUAUAUCUAUGAUAUUUGGCCGAGAAGAAGAAAAAAAGAUGUUGUUGAGCAAGUUGUUGAGAGAGAGUAACCAAGAUGGGGGGAAGCUCCUUGUCAUCCCUAUUGUAGGGAUGGGAGGGAUGGGGAAAACAACUCUUGCCCAACUGGCCUAUAACAAUGAAAAUGUUACAGCCCAUUUCAACAAGAAAGUAUGGGUUUGUGUCUCAGACCCUUUUGAUGAGGUUAAGAUUGCGAAAGCCAUCAUUGAAAAUCUAGAUGAAACCCAAAGCAGUUCAAAUGAGUUGCAAAUUUUAUUGCAAUCUAUCAAGAGACGUGUUGAGGAUAAGAAGUUUCUUCUUGUACUAGAUGAUGUGUGGACGGAAGACCAUAAAAAGUGGGAAAAUUUGAAACUACCAAUUAUAAUGCAAAGUUGUGCUAAGGGCAGUACAAUACUGGUGACCACGCGAAAAGAAGGGGUUGCUAAAAUGAUGAGAGCAACUAGCAGCAUGAUCCAUUCAGAUAAGUUGAAUGAUAAGGAUUGUCUAGCAUUGUUCAAUAGCAUCGCAUUUUUGGAUAGGAAAGAAGAUCAGGUUACUGAGUUUGGAGCUAUUGGUGAGGAAAUUGUGAAAAAGUGUAAAGGUUUGCCUCUUGCUGCAAAGACUUUAGGUAGUCUAGUGUGGUAUAAGAAAACAAAAGAGGAAUGGCGGGAUGUUCUGAAUAGUAAGAUAUGGGAACUAGAAGAAGUUGAGGAACAAGUUUUCCGACCACUGUUACUAAGUUAUUAUGAUUUGGCUCCUACAGUCAAAAUGUGUCUUUUGUAUUGUGCAAUAUUUCCCAAAGAUUAUAAGUUAAGAAAAGAUGAUUUGAUUGAGUUUUGGAUGUCACAAGAUUAUCUUAAUUCAAAGGGGAAAAAAGAAAAGAGAAGAAUAGGUCAAAGUUAUUUUGAGAGUCUAGCAAUGCGGUCUUUCUUUCAAGAUUUUGUCAAAGAUGAGUUGGGAAAUAUUAGAGGGUGCAAAAUGCAUGAUAUAGUGCAUGACUUUGUGCAGUUUCUUACCCAAAAAGAAUGCACUAUUAUAGAAGCGGUCGAUGGUGCUAAUCAAAGUACAGAGCUACCCAGUGAUAAGGUUCGUCAUUUGACCUUAAAAAAUGUAGCCAAAGGUCCACUUCCUACUUUGUGUUACGGAUGUAAAAAUAUGCGUAGCCUUAUACUCCUUGAUUCAGAAAUUACAACCAUAAGCCCCCGUUCGGUUAUGCAAAUGAAAUGCCUCAGGACAUUGAAUUUGAGUGAUAACAUGCUCAAUGAAGUUCCAAAAGAGAUUGGUGAAUUGAUUCAUUUGAGAUAUAUGGAUUUGUCUUGGAGUGGUAAUUUGAAAGAAUUACCGGAUGCUGUGUGUGAUUUAUACAAUCUACAAACUCUGGACGUUUCGUGGUGUCCUCAUCUUGAGAAACUACCCAAGGCAAUGGGAAAGUUGAUUAACUUGAAGCAUCUAUAUGUUUGGGCUUGUUCUGAGCUGAGGUACUUACCGAAAGGGAUUGGGAGUUUGAAAAGUCUGCAAGUACUAGAUAGGUUUUAUGUAUGUGAGGGUGAUGAUGAUGAAGCAUUGAAAUUAGGAGAUCUCGGAAUCAUGGACCAGCUUCAGGGGAUCCUUCAGAUAGAAAGAUUGGGGAAAGAUGAUGCGAGUGAGAUUGAGAAAGCACAGUUGGGGAAUAAGGAGCACCUCUCUCGUUUGGAAGUACUUUUCCACGGAGGAGCUGCAGAGCAGAGAAAAGGUGAUGAAGAAAUAGUGAAAGCAUUGCAACCACAUCAAAAUUUGGAAUCUCUUCUGAUUGGGUAUUGCCAAAUUGGCACCACCGAGUCUCUCUAUUGGAUCAAGUCUUUACACAAUUUGAGAAGUGUUUCUCUCAUUGGGUGGAGAUUUUGUGAAGUUCUGCCUCCUCUUGGAAAAUUGCCAUCGCUUGAAAUUCUGGAGAUAGACGGGAUGAAGAAAGUGAAAACGGUGGGAGUUGAAUUUCUGGGAAUAGAAGAAGAAGAACAAGUCUCAGGAAUUCUAUUCCCCAAAUUGAAACGACUUGAAUUUAGAGAGAUGCGCAACUGGGAAGAGUGGGCCUUUCUUUCUGAAAUCACAAUAAUGCCACGCCUUUCUGAGUUGCGAAUUCUGUACUGCCCAACGCUAAAAGCACUGCCAGAGUUCCUCUACAAGAUACCAGAACUGCGUACUUUGGAGAUCAAGGGUUGUCCAAUUCUGGAAGGAGAAUACGAAAAAGGCGUGGGGAAGGAGUGGCACAACAUUUUUCACAUCCCAAACCUCACAAUUGGAUGGAACUGAACAGAAAAUCCAAGCAGCCCAUAAUUCCAUUCAGGCUUGUUCAACUUUCAUAAGAUGAUUCAACUCCAACCCAAAUUGAUCAACAGAUUCUCAGAGGAGGAAUUUUCAGGCGGUUGCAAACCAUAAACUGGCUCUUCCUUCAUCCUCGCUCAGAGCAAAUCAUUUUGCCUUCGACCAGCAUGUGCUCCAUCUCUUUACUUGGCGUGCUUCUGAAUGAUGGGCUUCCAUGUCCUCUCAUGGAUGCACACCGCACUCAGGUUCUUCAUGAAGAACUUGCAAAUGCAAAUGGAAUGUGUGCAAGUCAAUCAGGAUAUGGUAAGCAACCCAACAGAAAAUGAAGUUCUCCCGACAGAGAAUCUUGAGUUACACUCAAGGACCGCAUUGAAGCUUCUAGGACUAAGAAUGUCAUUGGAGUUGUCAAGCUGAUGAAGCUCUAUAGAUAGCAAAGGUCAUGACUGAAUUAACUUGUGAAGUUGGAGUUCAUCAGUAGCUUAAAUGUUUCAAAGGUGGAGAAAUGAAUCUGAUUUUGAUGAACACAUUCUAUGCAAGACGAAAUAUGUAUCAGGCGGACUUUCACCACAAAUGAAAUUUGGUAUGCAUUUGACUGAUUGAAGUGGUGAAACUCAAUAUGUUAUCAGUAUCUUAAGCAAUCCAAUGUACGUAGUACUUAAAGGCUUGAAAUUAUACACUUUCUAGUUGUGAAACUAAAUUGACUAGGUUUGAUAUCUAGCUGCCCAAAUACAAAUCUCCAUGGAACUGAACAGAUAUAACCAAAAUGCAAAUUUUAGUAUGAAAUUUAUUUUCUUUUAAUUUAGUUUAUAGAUUACUACUCUAAUUUCGUAUUACUUUGGUACAGGAAAUCCCACCAAGCUAUAAAUUUCCAUUCAGGGAUUUGAGUAGUAAUUGGGUGUUGGAAACAUUUUCUGCAAUCUGUAUCUUAACAAGAAGAGCAGGCUGGGAGCCUGGUAUUUGGUGUCUGUGCAAAUGGACUGUUCAAAUUCUGCCACCUCAAUCAUUAAAGGCUACUUGAAGGAUUAUGCAUCACAUGGUCUUUCACCAUAAAGGAAAUUUGGAAUGCAUUUAACUGAUUGAAGUGGCCCUUAGCUAAACUAGGUGCAAGUUAUCGAUCAGCAUGUUCAGUGAUCCAUUGUCAUACUUUAAAGGCUUUAAUUUAAGCACUUUCUAGUUGUCAAAUUAUCUAAUUUUUAUUAGGUUUGACAACUAAUUUCCAUGGCAUAUGGAUUUUCUUUUCUUAGGCUGAGGCUUUCUUUGGAAUGGAUACAGAUGCGGAUUGGAAGCUUUUUGUACAAUCUGCAUCCAAACAAUAAACAUGGAGCUGGAGAAAGUAGCUCUACUCAGUGGACAUCCUCUGUAGUCACUAUUAAACCAUUCCACCUCCCCAUCAUGAAAGAUGUUAGAAGGUUUAGGGUCUGAAGCUUGAUAAGUGCAUUACUUGGACAAGGGAUAUGAAGAUACAAAAUCAGUUGAAGUUAAAUGGUGGUUCAGUAACAGGAGCUACGGGAUGCUGUUGAGUGGAUGAGGAUUGUCAAGCGGUGGAUUACACCAUAAAGGAAAUUUAGACCUCCAAGACCUGAUGAUGAUCCCCCAGAAGGCUUUAUACUUCUAAAACUUGGAGGCUUAAACCAUAGGCACAAAAUGUCUCCGGGCUACAUUUAUAAACCACUUUGAAGCUUCAAGGACCAAGAAUGGCAUUGGAGUUAUCAAAAUGAUUAAGUGCUACAUAGGUAGGAUGGAUUGUCAAGCGGUCAUACACACCUCGAAAAACUUGGUACCCAUUUGACUCGUUGAAGUGUCUCUUACCUAAAUCUAGGCUGAAGCUUUUUGUUGAAUGGAUGCUGAUUGCUAGAAAAGAAUUUGGAAGCUAUUUGUGCAAUCUCUAUCUUAACAAUAAGCAAGCAACCAGGCUGAAGCUAGCAAUUGUUGAAUAGAUGUUCAUUGGUAAAUGGGCCUUGGAAGCUGUUUGUGCAACCUGUAUCUGAACAAUCAGCAAGUAGCCGGUAAAUGUUGCUCUGAAAGAUUCGGUGGACAUCCUCUUACUCAAACUCUGCCAACAUCACCAUCCCAGGAUAUCUCACCAAAUGACAUGUAUAGACUACAAUCACUACAUUGAAGCAUUGAUCACGGACUAGGAAGGGAGUUGAGAAGCUGAUGAGGUGCCACUUAGGCUGAAGUCAUUUGUGGAACUGAAGCUGAUUGGGAUUUGAGGCAGAAGCCAAGUUCAGUGAUGGCUAACUUUGCUAUUGAGGUAGAACCCUCUGCUGUUGUUGAUGGCAUCAAACUGGCUUGUCAGUUAAAUCUGGAAAGUGUAGUAACUCGCAGGAGUUGAUUGCUGCACUAAACAAUUGAUCGAAUUGAUAAAGGUAGUUGGAGGAUUUAUCUUUUUCUCAUUGAUUUCCAUCGUCAACUGAGUCUUGUGGUUGUCGAUUUAUCCUGAAGCGAAUUGUGCUGCUGAUGUGGCCGCUAAGCUUGCCAAAUCAAGGUUGUUCGCAGAAGUAUGCAGGGGCGGAACCAGGAUUUGACAUCAGGGGGGUCCAGACAUAUAUAGUAUAUAAUAUUAAAAUUUUGUAAAAAAUUAAUGUUUUGUAUAUUUCUCUUAUAGAAGAUGUUCAUCUUCAAAUCAAGCAAGAUUCUAUUUUAUACA